AUACAUUCGGUUCUAUUAUUGAUAUAGAUUAUAGUGUACGUUUCUCCAGGUGAGGGAAAAAACAGGAGGAUCUGAUGUACUUACUGGUGGAUCUUAAUUAUACACAAGAUCAUGAUGGCUCUUGAAAACAAGGAAACUACGCAAGACUGUGAGGCAGUCUUAAAAUGUCUCCAGACGAAGGGGUUCCCAUACAAUAUGCCAUGUACUGGGAACUCAAUUGAAGGCCCCCCAGAGCUUAAAGAUGAAAUCGGUACUCGCCCAGGUGGGGACAUAAUAGAACCAGUUUUCUCAUUGAAUGGAGAGUUUAUGGAACUUCCGAAUGAGUUUUACCACAAACCUACUUUCCCACAUGAGUAUGGCUCAUGGUCGACCUUUUAUCCUGACACUCAUAAGUUGCAGCCGUACCCGUUGAAUGUUUUCGGGAGCCAACUGUACCAUUUUCCUGUAGAUAACCGAUUUCAUUAUGCUCCAUUCAAUGUGAUCACUCAUGGAUACCCUUACGAGUUCCAGUUUCAAGAUUUUCAAUACUUUGUGGUCAUAGACUUUGAGGCUACAUGUGACAAGGAAAGAAAUCCCCAUCCACAGGAGAUUAUCGAGUUUCCAUCCGUCAUCGUGAGUAGUGUUACCGGCCAGUUGGAAGCAUGUUUUCAGACUUAUGUACGACCAACUUGCAACCAGCACUUGAGUGAUUUCUGCAAGGAUCUCACUGGUAUCCAGCAAAUUCAGGUAGAUAGAGGUGUUACUCUGAGUGAGGCUCUCCUUAGGCACGAUAAAUGGCUGGAGAAGAAGGGAAUAAAAAACACUAACUUUGCUGUGGUGACAUGGUCGAAUUGGGAUUGUCGGGUAAUGCUGGAAUCUGAGUGCCGAUUCAAGAAGAUCCGGAAGCCUCCCUACUUCAACCGGUGGAUCAACUUGAAAGUACCUUUCUGUGAGGUUUUCGGAGGUGUUAGGUGUAAUCUGAAAAAGGCAGUCGAGAUGGCUGGCCUGGCAUGGCAAGGUCGUGCCCAUUGCGGCCUUGAUGAUGCCAAAAACACAGCUCGCUUACUUGCCCUUUUGAUGCACAAGGGUUUUAGAUUUGCCAUCACAAACUCAUUGAUGUGGCAGGCUACUGAUGGUUCAUUGACAUGGAACUCGGUCCCCGUGAACAUAGCCUUCUCUCCGAAUCAACCACAUAAGCCUGUGGAUCAGCAGAUGCCCCUAUUCCAUUACCACCCCUACUGUUUCUGUGGGGUGAAGAGUAGCAAAGGAAUGGUUUGGAAACCUGGACCGAAGCAAGGGAAUGUGUUCUUCGGCUGCGGGAACUGGACUGUCACUCGAAGUGUCCACUGCCACUACUUCGAGUGGGCUUCUCCAUGACAUGAAUCUGCAAAGGCUUGUCCAUCUUUCACGAUGGCAUUCUGAACCCUUCUGAGUCCUGUAAA